CCAUCCCCAGAUGAUCCCAAAUCCACCAAAAACGAAGAUUUGGCUUCUCCCAGAGCAGUUUGAGGACCUUCAGCAGGAUAAGGGAAUUCUGGCAGAAAAACCAAACCCAUUUUCUGCUUUUCUCCGCAACAUUUCUGGGGCACGGAGCACAACCCCGCGCUUUGAAUAAUUUCCGACCAAAGAAGAUAAAAGGCAAAGGUUCGACUCAUUCAGUCCCCAGAAAACGGGAAAUGAGAAGCCUGGGGGUGAAGGUCUUCCUGUCAGCACCUGCUCUGAGCCCCGGAGCAGCGAAGGCUCCGUGAUCCCGGGAUGGGCUCCGGGGCUUGGCUCCAGCUGCUCCUCAUCCUCGGAGCUCUUUGGGGGAUCGGAGCCAAGGAAACGGUGCUGGGAAUUUUGGGAGAGGCGACGCUCCUGCGGAUCCCCCGUGAGCUGCAGGAAUGCACCAAGCAAUUCGGGGAAGCCUCCUGGAAAAAAAUCAUAAAGGAGCCGCUGACGAAGAAAUUCCUGGUGAAGAUUUCCGGCGGGAAUCACUCGGAGUUCCAGCCGGAGCGGAUGCGCUUCCGCGAGCAGAACUUUUCCCUGGAAAUCCUCAACACCAGCCGGGAUGACCAGCGGCUCUACGAGUACAGCGUCAACAAGGGGUCGGAGGAGGAGGUCUGGCAGAUCCAGCUGGAAGUGUUUGAGCCGGUGGCCGACCCCAGCAUCCGGAUCCUGCAUCGGGAAUCCUCCAACGGGAGCUGCUCCCUGGCGCUGAACUGCUCCUCGGAGCGGGGGGACAACGUUUCCUACAGCUGGGACAGCCGGGACAACGGCACCGGGGGGAUCUGCUCCGGGAACGGCAGCGUCCUGCGCCUCUCCUUCUCCCUGCGGGGCGCGGCCUUCGGCUGCGUCUGCACCGCCCGCAACCCCGUCAGCAGCCGCCGCGCCACCUUCGACGCGGCCCAGUGCGGCGCCGAGCAGCGGGGUGUCCCCAGGGUGAGGACAGAGCUCGUGGUGCCUCUGGCGGUGCUCGGUGCCAUCUUCAUUGUCAUCAUCAUCAUCAUCGUGGCCAUUGUCACCUUCAGGGCCAGACGUGACCCAGACCCCUCCCAGGCCACCCCGGACCCCUCCCAGGCCACCCCAACCAGCGCCACCAUCUACGCCCAGGUGCAGCGGGUGCAGGACCUGAAGGGGCUUCAGGAAUAA